GACUCAAAGAAGUUUCUGUGUUGGAAGGCUUUAGGCAGUGCUGACAAGUUUUUUGACAAAAGCCUAGAUAUUGAUGGUCUUCUGAGAAUAUGCGGCGGCAAUCCUUCGGUGCUGGAGAUGAUAGGCUCAAAAUUGCGUAAACAUGGCAACGAUGUCUGCGUUUGUGAAAGCACCAUUGAAUUUUUUAAGGGUACCCUAGCAAAAGGAAAGGGGGAUUUAAGUAAAAAAGUAUUCGAUAUGGUCUACAAUACUCUGCAAGAAAAUAUGUACAAAGAUGCAUUUCUAGAUAUAGCAGCAUUUUUCUAUAACUGGCCUGAAAGGACUGUGGGUUACAUUGUUGACGAGGUGGCGCUUAAAGCCAUAGAAGAGGCAGCCCUGGUGCAGAUAUCCGAGGCAAGGAGAGUGAUUGCCUACGACAUCGUUCAAGCGCGCGGGAGGAAGUUGUCAAAAGCGGAUAGAAUAACUAAUCCUCAAUCCCUCCACAGUGCUCUGCAAGAUACACAGAGACUUGAGAAAUUGAAAGGAAUUCAUCUUCCACAGAAAUAUGUUGAUUUUUAUUGGGUAUUUGAUGGUGAUUAUGAACCGGAAUUCCAACUUACGGCAGAACAUCUGGAUAAGACGCAUCAGUGUCUAAGAGUUUUGAUUCUUAAUAUAGAAACAAAAGUCACUGGAGCAUGCACCAAGCAAUUUGUAAAUCUAAGGUAUCUUAAAAUUGAUAGUGGAUAUUGCUCACCGAUGGAGUUAAACAAGCUUCCGAGGCUGGCAAUUUUUGAGGGUCGCAUAAGAAGUGACGACAGUUUUCGCGACUUACCCCAUUCUUUGCGUAGAUUGAAGGUGGAUGCUUUAGAAUCCCUUGGGUUGGAUGAAAGUUUUGGUAAACUGUCUCGUCUGGAAGAGCUGGAUAUAUCUCAAAAUGAGCAUUAUAUGACGAGGCUUCCACAGAGCUUUGGUCAACUAAAAUCUCUUCGUUGCCUAAAAUUGUGCAGUUUUAGAGAGCUCACUUCCUUGCCCGAUAGCUUUGGUCAACUGAGCAAUUUGGAGGAGUUGAAUUUAAGUGAUUGUACAAACCUGUCUACUCUCUCUGACAAUUUUGGCAAACUGAGCAACUUGAAGAGGUUGAAAAUAAUAAACUGCAAAAACUUGCCUAAUCUUCCUGAUGGUUUUGGUCAACUGAACAAAUUGAAGAAGUUAGUUAUAACAAAUUGUACAAACUUGGCUAGUCUUUGUGAUAGUCUUGGUCAACUAAGCAACUUGAAGAAGUUGGUUAUAGUGAAUUGUACAAACUUGUCUAGUCUUUGUUCUAGGUUUGGGCAGCUGAAGUCUUUGGAAUAUCUGAGAAUUCGUGGUUGCCGAAGUCUACAGAGGCUCAGUGAUGAUUUCGGAUCAUUGACAUGUGUGGCUGCAAUAGAGGCAUCAGGGUGUCCUGCGUUGGAAGCAAAAGAAAUGGACCGGGUGAUUCAGUUGGAGAGCUUGAUGGUGUUAAAUAUCUGUGAAAGCCAACUAAUGAUAAAGCGUUGGGAAGAAAUAAAGGAGGGACACUCUCUAACUGUACGGACAGAAACAAAAAGAUACAAUGCGCUUAGACAGUCAAUGUCGAGGGCAUUAUUUGACAGGCAGAGCAAAUUUCUGAAUGCUGAUGGAGUGGUGAGAGAGUGGUCGUCCACCUUCCUGGCGGGUGAAGAAAAAAUUGCUUUGCUGGUGACAUGUUGUGAUCUAUGUUCCUCGGCAAAUGAGAAGGCUUGUCAGAUGGUGAAGGAGAAAAUAGAGAAGCUUUCUAGUGAUGGUUUGAACCACAUAAUGUAUGUGGGAUUAAUGGAGCAAAGUGAGGAAACUAUUCGCCAGACUCUCCGCCAAUUAUCUCAGGGCAUUGAGGGUGGUGAUUCUCUUUCUCUUUGUGCUUGGAUUCCUUCCCACUACAAAUGGAAGCAAUUAUUUGUCUUUUCUGCAUGCUGCAUGGUUAUGGAAUCAUGGCGAGUACAUACCUUUAUUGCCGAGGCACAAAUCUCGUCUAGCGAGCAAGGCAAUCCACAAGUGGAAUACUUCGGGCAAAUUUUUCCCGACGACGAAUACUUGGAGCAAAUUUUUCCCGAGGACGAGGACGAGGACGAGGACGAGGACGAGGACGAAGACGAGGACGUGGACGUGGACGUGGACGAGGACGUGGACGAGGACGAGGACGAGGACGAGGACGAGGACGUGGACUUUACCGAAGACGUGGACGAGGAUAAGGACGAGGACGAGGAAGGAGCAAUGACAGAUUUGGGACGUGGCUUCUCCAGUCUAUAUUCGCAGUUGCAGAAAACUUUUAUCUUCUCCACUCUCUAA